AAGUCUAUGUCAUUAAACCUGGAUGUUUAUUUUAAUUGCAAGGACAGCCCCCAUUCACCCUCUAUUAAUGCCCCUAAUGGGCUUUCCUCGACCAUACCAUCGUAUCAUCCCAUUGACGAUAUAACAUUCCGUGAGCACCUUGAACCAGAGACUGAUGAUCAUUAACCUAGUGACAUGCUUCAUUCUCGUCUUACUUUGUAGCCUACUGCUGACGCCCUUCGCCGAUUGGUUUCCAACUCAACCCAGAGCACUGGCACACUCGAUUUGAGGCAAGCGCUGCUACAGACUUUAGAAGACGUAGGAGAUUGUCUCUCACCUUUCGUCAUAAGAAGCUUGGAGCUGCUGGCGGAUUUAGCAGGAUCUGCCUUUUGAUUCGUCCACUCAGCUGACUUAGCCUACCUUAACGCUUAAACAAAUCAGCCGGGAAACCGACAAGGGAAAGCGCAACCUUAGUUUGAAACGCAAAUAGAAUAGCAUGGCAACUAUACAACUGCAGAAGACAACGAAAAAGUAACAAAGAUAAGAAAGAAUAAGAAAGUCUCGUUGGAUAGCUCGGGGUGUUUGUGUGUGCGUGGUUGUUUCUGCUGCAGCCAGUUCUCCUCACCCUCUCGGCCGGGGUUGAGCGUCUUUCCGCCUUGGAGGUGCUGAUCUCACACCGCUGUCCUGUCGUGGAAGGUCCGCUCUCUUUUUUUUAAUUUGCCGUGAGACAAACGCCCGAAGAUUCAACGAAAACUUUUUUCUAGACUUUUGGAUAUAAUACUUCGAUGAAAACGUGGGCUAAAGCCGUUCUCCCGUGGACGAGGAGUCGAAGAAGGACUUUACGAACCUUCACCGUCGGCGACGAUGUCGGACAACUCCACUGAAUGGACUGAGAACAACACCCGGAUAGUUGUUGCGUUGGCCCACAACAGCUAUAAUUUUCCGGCUCUCAUAUUCGGGAUAUUACUGACAAUAGUUAUCACUGGCGGAAAUGUGCUCGUAUGUGUUAGUGUGUAUUUGGAAAAAGCGUUGAAAACGACAACAAACUAUUUUAUAGUCAGUUUGGCAUUUGCCGACCUACUUCUGGCCAUUCUCGUUUUGCCACUUUUUGUUUAUACACAGUUUCAGGGUGGAGUGUGGACCUUGAACAUGGUGGUGUGUGAUGGGCUGAUGACCAUGGAUGUGAUGCUUUGCACUGCAUCCAUAUUUAACCUCUGUGCCAUCAGUGUGGACAGGUUCAUCGCCGUGUCCAUACCCCUGAACUACAACCGCAAACACGUGGACCACCGUCAGAUCGUGCUGCUGUCCGCCACCUGGCUCCUGGCCCUGGCCGUGGCGUCCCCCGUCAUGUUCGGCAUCAACCGCGUGCCCCGGCGCGACCCCAGCGAGUGCAAGCUGGAGGACGACAACUACGUCAUCUACUCCUCCGUCUGCUCCUUCUUCAUCCCCUGCCCCAUCAUGCUGCUGCUCUACUUCGCCAUGUUCCGGGGGCUGCGGCGCUGGGAGGAGUCCCGCAAGGCCAAGCUCAAGACCAGCAUCGAGGUGUGCCGGAAGCUGCAGCACGCCGCCGCCGCCGUCAACGCCGGCAGCGUGGCGGGCGCCCACGGCAACGGGCCGACCGUCAGGGGCACCAUCCCCGGCCCGCUCCCCAUGCCCCUGCCGCGCAUCAUCGAGAGGGACCUGGCCCAGACGCGGCUGGAGGAGAUGGAGGACUCCAUGGAGCCGGAGAUCCCUUACCCGCGGCAGUACCGGGAGAACUCUGUCCCGACUCUGACCUACCACCACCAGCACAGGAAGAAGAGGGCCAAGAUCAAUGGGCGCGAGCGGAAGGCCAUGAGGGUCCUCCCAGUUGUGGCUGCUUCCUCUUCUGCUGGACUCCCUUCUUUGUGGUGCACACAACCCGUGCCAUAUGCUCUACGUGUGACAUUCCCGCUAGUCUGAUGGACAUCGUCACGUGGCUGGGCUACGUGAACAGCGCGCUCAACCCCAUCAUCUACACCAUCUUCAACACCGAGUUCAGGAAGUUCUUUAAGAAGUUCCUGCAUGGCUUUUGCUGCCAUAAGAUCUCCCUCUUCCGUGGCUGAUGGAAAGUUUGCAGGGAUGCUGAUGACCCACGCCCCGCGGUUAUGUCCGUCGACCACCAUGGCUGGGAUUUAUGAUUUGAUGCUUGAAUGGACCCUGUGGUUGGUUAACGGUGGAUAUAUGGUGGUGUAGGAUCUGUGCCCUUGGAGGGCCCAAGGCAUGUCGGAUCUCUUGCGAAGGCGUUGGAAAGGGCUUAGCCGAAGCUGCCCCGUGAAACAUCGGCCAAUAAAGGAAAGUCUUUAGGGGUCUAUCUGUAAUGUUUCUCAGUUCUGAAUAUUCUUGAAGUGUAUUCUGUAAUGUUUACAUUUAGCUUCGUCCCUGGGUGGAAGAAACUAGAAUUACGCGGUUCUUGCAAUGCAUAUUCGAUUUUAUAAUACAUAUAAUGUAUGAUAUAUAUGUAUAUCUACAUAUAUAUAUUUAAAAAUGCAUGUAUUCAAUUGUAUAUUGUAGUUAUAUGCCUUAAAUUUGAGUAAUAUAUUUAAGUCCUCUAAGAUAUAACACACACACACACACACACACACAUACACAAUCUCAAUCUCCCACACACGCACACGUACACAAUAAUUAAAUACAUGUGUUAUAGAAAUCUUUGUACUAGAUUGUAUUACUGCAAUAUGUUCAUUUUCAUAAUGUUGUUGUAGAGAACAACAGCAGUGUGCAUUUGUUCUGGUGUUAAGUUUGCUUGUGAAUGUACCAGCCCUGUACUGGCUUUAAGGGUAGAAUAAUGGACCCACUUUUGGCCUCGUAAUUGUCAUAAAGGACAAUGUCUACCAUUCAGUUUUAUUAUACGUUGAAGGUCUUGGAUAUUUAAUGCUUAAUGCAAAUCAAUGGGCCAAAACAGCAUACAGUAGAUUAUAUUAUGUCCUAUGUAAAGUACAUUUGCAUGUAAAGGCAAGGUAACUUCGGAUUGAUAAAGUCUCGAAGGCUACAGUUACACUUGUUGCUUCAACGUGACUUAUGCACCAAUCUGGAUUCACAAAAGUUGCAUUAAGCUAACAUUUUGGGCGGCUACACUGUCGUAAGUGUGGAUGGUAGUCACUCCUGAAAACCCGUACAUGAAUACUUAAAAUGACUUGCAAACCCCUAUCAGUUCUUCCUAGGUCAUUAGCAUAUUCUCCUAAUUGGGGUCGGAGGUGAAAGCCACUUAGGCUAAUGAGUGGCUGCCCACUAACUGAUUGAAAUCGUCUGCUCUCUCCUAAGCAAGUUUUAACAUGUAGUUCAAUGUAAAAGUGUAGAUAUUGUGCGUCAAAACAGCGCUGGCCAGUCAUAGGCCUACCUAGAGCCUAUAGUAAUAUCAUAACAGUAAGGGGACAUACAUCGCAAAUGACCUACAUAUAUCACCAUUUACUCUCUCUGGACAUCCAAGUACCAUCAUGUGACACCAUGUUGCCUCCCCACGACACGGGUGACCUGACCCACUCCCUGUAAUACGAUUAAUAAGCCUGCCUGUCAAUAAUCAGCUCCGCACAGCCGCUCCUUCCUACAGACAGACAGCGUUUCACAGACUAUAAUCAAUGGCUACAGUGUUUCGUGUCAUUUUAUGUUUGUGUCUUUGCCCAAAGGAUCACUUGCAACACGAAAAAAUAACAACUCCUGUCAUACGUCUUGCUGUUUCUCAGGAGAUCCGAAACACAGUUCCGACCCAGAGAGCUUGAAUGCAGAAGGCAGAGCUGAAAUGACAAUUGUAACUGCGGCCAAAAUCCUGUGCUAGUGGUUUACAGAUGUCUGUGAUCAUCCUACAAGUCUGGGUCUGUGUGUUUGUAAGCUAAUGAGUUGCGUGUAUACAUUUUGUGAUAUUACAGUACCUUGCCUGCUAAGAACUGUUGGGUUACUGACAGUGCCUAUAAUGUAUGCCAUAUCCACGUUUUAUGUGGAAAGCUUUCUAUUAAAGAUCCACAUCUUUUCAAGCGUUAA